CUGCACUCAAGGAAUUGCCCAUGUUUCCCCCUCGACUCGCGCUCAUUCCGCAGAAAUGCUGCAUCGGACAGUCGCCCAUUUGUCGCAGCUUCAUACUAAGGUACCUACUACCUCUAAAUCUCCAACACCGCGGUUGCACUGGCUACGAUUUCUACGUAACACCUUAAACCAUGUCCUUUGGCAAGUGUCACCAAGUCAUGUUGAGAUGACACUCUCUUCAUGUUUACCCACGCGUUGAUGCUGCUAUGAAUAGGUCAAAGUCUCGAUUGAGACAUCCGGUGUGCUUAGGUGUACUAUCCGUCGUCAAACAUCCCUUCUUCUUCUUCUUCUUCUUCUUCUUCUUCUUCUUCUUCUUCUUCUUCUUCUUCUUCUUGACUGUUGUCAAGCUCAAGUUUCUCAGUGUUCAACAUUUUGUGUUUCUUGUGCUCGCUCCAUAGUUACAGUCAAGCAGUCAAAUCCACUACAUCUUUUUCGCUCCACGCUCUCCGGGUGGUCAUGUCAUCUUCCCUUGAAUCAACUCUCGAUGCCCGAGACCUGGCUGGUGAACAGGGACAGUUGCUCAACCUGCUCGAGAAACUGCAAUACGCCCAACUCGACAAUGUUAAAUUGCCUCAGAUAGUGGUCGUCGGCGACCAGUCGGCUGGCAAAAGCUCGGUCCUCGAAGCUCUCACUGGAAUCCCGUUCCCCCGCGAAGCUGGCGCUUGUACGAGGUUUGCUACCGAAAUCAGAUUGCGCAGAUCCCCCGAGUCCAGCAUCACCGUCUCCAUCAUUCCCGACAGAAAUCGCCCUUCUAGCGAGCAAGAACAAUUGCUAGAGUUUGGUCGUCUAAUCAACAGUAGCUCCCCAUUCGAUCUUACAGUAAUGGGAGCCGCAGAACUCAUUGCUCCAAAGGGUGUUCCAGGACGGUUUGCUGCACGGGACAUUCUGGUGGUGGAGAAGAAAGGACCAGAUAUGCCACUGUUGACCCUUGUGGAUUUACCUGGUUUAGUACGGAAUCCCAACAAGGACCAGUCCCUUGAAGACAUCCAUAUCAUCGAAGCGCUUUCCGAUCGCUACAUGCGGAGUCCCCGUACCAUCAUUCUUGCCGUCGUUGGCGGGAACUCCGAUUACGUCCAGGCCCCCAUACUGACCAAGGCUCGACAUUUCGACCCUAACGGUACCCGCACUAUCGGCGUUCUCACCAAGCCUGAUCUUACCGACUCCAUUGGUCUUGAGGACAAGUUCGUCGAGCUCGUCAAGAACAAUGACCGGCGUAACCAUUUUCGUUUGGGCUGGUACGUCCUUUUGAACCCUGGCCCGCGAACGGAAGGAGAAACCUGGCCUUCUGCGGAGCAACGCCGGUCGACUGAACGGGAUUUCUUCUCCAAAGGCAAAUGGAGCUCGCUUCCGGCGUCCAUGUGCGGAGCCAGCGCUCUGAAGCAAAGGCUAAGUCUCCAGCUUCAGCAGCACAUUGGGAGACAUGUCAACGCGUUACGCAGACAGAUUCAGAAGGCCUUGGAUGAUUGUGAUGCCGAACUCAAGUCGCUUGGCACUGCCAAAAGCACACCCGAAGAAAUGCGCUUAGAGCUCAUUGAACUGUUUUAUUUCUCCAACGAGCUCGUUGUUCCCGCAGCCCACGGCUUCUAUAAAAACCCACCCAAGACGAUUUUUUUUCGUGUAACUGCAGACCCAAAGGGAACGCCGGCACAAAACCUCCGGGCACGUGCCGCCGAGGAAAACGAUCGGUUUUCGGCCAGAAUCCGAGCUGACGGCCGCAAGUUCAAGCUCUCUGCUUCCAGUGAUCCCUCUCCUGCCGAUAAACAAUCAGCAUCGAGCUACUCCAAGUCUGAAUAUGCCCGUCUGGAGGUCAGCCGACUUCUCCAUCAAAUUCGAGGAUCCGAAUUUCCCAUGGAUUCCACGCCUAGAGCGGUUUACAUGCUAUUCCAAAGCCAUUCGGAGCCUUGGCCUAGACUAGCACAAGAGCACAAGGAUAACGUUGGAGCGGUCUGCAACGAUUUUCUCCGCGAGGUCAUUAAUUACAUUUGGCCCCAGCGCAUGCGAGAACCGUUGCGCCGUCACUUCCUCGACCCUCAUAUGAAGGCGCUGAUGGACGAAGCAGACCAAGAACUGAAACAUCUAUUGCAAGACCUGAACCUCGAGGUUCAGCCUUACGAUCCUGAAUAUCAAGAACGUCUGGUGGCCUGGAAGAGCAAGGCUGCUGAAACUGGAGCGACUUACACGGAAGCCGAGGAAAUCUUGGAGAAGAUGCUGAUUUUCUAUGAGCUCUCUGCGAAAACAUUCAUUCGGAACGUUAUCACGCAAGUGGUUGAGCGCCAUCUUCUCCAAGGCAUGUAUGGCAUCUUCAAUCCUGUUGAAGUCAUGGCGAUGACCAGUGAAGUGGUUGAAUCCAUUGCUGCCGAGAAUCAGGAGACACGGGACCGACGACAAGCCUUGGCGGCACAGCGGAAGGCCAUUGAACAGGCGAAAGAUGCCUGUACCGAUUUGGCGAUGCGCAAGGAACUCAGAGAGCGACCAGACGAACAUGGUGAUCUCACCGAUGGCACAUCUGGCGAAGACGAACCGCAAUCGGCUGCAAAUCGAGUCUCUAGGUCAUCCAGCACACCUCGGCGAAGACCACUACCUGCGAGUACCCCUAAUGUAGCCGGGGAUACGCGUAGCAAUACAGUUGUCGAGGCCACGGCCCGGGGUCCGCCCCAGUUGCCACCUCCGGUACCACCGCGACAAUUGCAAAUCGCAGAAAGCGAGUGCGGACAAUUAGAUGCGUUAUACGAUAGCGAGAGGAAGUUACAAACAAAUCAGAAGACUGAUCCAGACAAGAAUGGAGUCAGCCCUCCCUCUGUCCCGGAUCAUCCCAUGAAGAGACACACCUCUUCGUUCCGGAAUAUCUUCAAGUGAUGGGGUUUGCGUGCCUGUGUCCGGCUCCUCAAUAUUUUUAGUUCAUACUUGGGUUACUUAUUUUGAUUGACUCUGUUAUCUUCCCUUUGUGUUUGGCAGAUGGGGUGGUAGAACAAAGGCUGGACAACGCUGGACCUGAGGAGGCUUGAGCUCUUUGCCCCUUUUGUCUUGUACUUCUUUGCAGUGUCACUGACAUUCGCCAAAUCAGGGCCGUCAUUUCAAACUGAACGCUGCCUUUCAAAAAAACCGACCA